AUGGCUGCCGUGGCCACUGUACCGGGCCCGGUGUCGGCUUUGACUCCUCCGAGCAGCAGCCAUGGCGAUGGAAAUGAUUGGGACUAUUCUGCUACCAACGCGGAGGCCCCCCUCCGCGAUCAUGCACCCAUGUCCUACGAACAGGCUCAGAAAUCCUCUGCCCCUCCCGCGCACGAUACCCGUACUGCACCAAGAAUAUAUACGCAGGACAUGACCACCCGCAAAAUGCGAUCCGCAGAUAAUCUACACAGCUCCAAGUGGUCCAAAUCCUCCGACUACCAGCGAGAGUUGCUCCCGGGCCUCUCUGAAGAGGAGAAGGCGAAAAGUGACCAAUUUGUAUACAGCCAGGACCAAUCCAAAUGGAUCCAUAGAGAUAAACUGGCCAGAAUAGAGACCGAGGAGCUCGAAGCUGCUGGCUUCUUCCUACCCAAGGGAAGAAGCUCCAGCCGCGCCGCACGCAGAAAUGAGAGCCGCCUCAGCCAUACUGCGGAACCCGAACCCAAUACGAACCGCACCAAGAAGGAUUCCGCAUCUCUCGAGCCGCUCUCCUCGCCACCAACUUGGGAUCUGCGAACGCCCCAGGAGAUUGCCGAUGCCCAAGCCAAUUCAUAUUUUACCAACAAUGCUCUCACCGGCAGCACCCGAAUUCCUGUUGCUAAAAUCAGCCCGGUCCCAAUUGCUCUUGAAUUUCUCGAGCAUGGCUCCCUUGCAGCUCGCCAAAACUCUGAUGACGACGCCCCCCUCUCAUAUGACAAAACUCGUUCUCGCAGCGCCAGUGCCGCUUUUAGAGAUAGCAGCAGUAGUGCGACAAACGGUAAGCCAUCCAUUACAGAUUCUUCGCCCAAGAAGCACGCGCGCAAGAAUAGCGCCAGCAACCCUAUGAGACCAGGCACGAGAGGCAAGGACUCCUCUAGCAGCGCUAGAUCACGCCCACCGACACGAAAUAGUCGAACCGCUUCUAGAGCGAAGCAUCCCGAAGGAGAGCCGCCGUGGAUGGCCAACACGUUCAAGCCCGAUCCGCGACUGCCGCCCGACCAGCAGAUUCCUCCCUUUGUUGCCAAGAAGAUGGCACAGGAGCAGAUGGAGAAGGAGGGCACGUUUGGUGACGCAUACGAUAAGGACUUUCGUCCUCUCAACACAAACUCUCUGGGUUUUCCAAAACAUACUGCUGAAAAUGUCGAGCCCGAAAAAGAGGGUGAGCCGACAGAGGAUGAGUGGCCGCUCAAGCCGGCCAUCACGAACCGACCGCUGAUGCGCACCGGUUCCAUGUACUCUACCAUGCCUAAGAUCAUCGACAAACCGCCAGGCACGCCAGUCCCCAGUCCUCGUCCGGCCAAUAACGCCAUCAUGGGUCCGUUACAAACCACUUCACCCCCAGUACAACAAGCGCCGCAGUCUGUACCAGAGGAAAUUAAGAAAGACGGUUGCGGCUGCUGUGUGGUCAUGUAA